UGCCCCGGCUCCGGGCAGCUGCACUUGGCACAGCCGGUCCCAGGCCCUUGGCUCUGAGGAGCAGCGCCAGUCAGAAACAGGAGAGCGUCUGCGCGCGCGGUUCCUAGUGUCGGUGCCUCCCCAACCUCAGUCCAGUAAUCCUAGGUCUGGAGCCGGCUGAGGUGUUGCUCUUGGUAAGGCUGGGAGAUCUGUGUCCCGAUUGGACCGGUGUAGUUGGACCAGUGGAAAUGAACCAGAUCCUGUUUCUGCACAUGAGAUGUAGCAGAUUGCCAAGGGGCAUUGACAGCAAGGCAGCAAAAUGAAGUGCUCCAGCCAUUCUUUAUGGUGCACCAAGUCAGCCUUGUACACCUGCCUUUUAGGAGGAGCAUUCGUUACCUUGGGCUCAAGUCGUAUUCUCCUGAUGAAGUAUUCUGCCAAUGAAGAUAACAAAUAUGAUUAUCUUCCUGCAACUGUGAAUGUGUGCUCUGAGCUAGUAAAAUUGGUGCUAUGUAUGGCAGUGGCACUUUGGAUAACUACAAAAGAGGGACAGUCAUAUGGUGACUUCGGAUGCACUUCAUGGAGGGCAUUUUGUAACUACAUGAAGUGGUCAAUUCCUGCCUUUUUGUACUUUUUGGAUAACCUGAUUGUUUUUUAUGUAUUGUCCUACCUCCAACCAGCCAUGGCUGUAUUAUUUUCAAAUUUUAUCAUUAUAACAACAGCUCUCUUAUUCAGGAUAGUGCUAAAACGGCAACUCUCCUUGGUGCAGUGGGCUUCUUUACUCAUUUUAUUCCUGUCCAUCAUAGCCCUGACUGCAGGAACCGGAAGCAAUCAGCACAGCUUGGCCACACAUGGAUUUCAUCACAACAUGUUUUUCAGCUCAUCUAAUCGCUGCCUUCAUUACAUGAAGUCAGAGGAAGAGUGCUGGGGAAAAGACAAUUGUACAGUAACAGAGUUAUUUCCCAGCUUCAAGUGGAAUUUCACUGCUACAACUACAGGAGCUUUGAAACCUCUCCGCCUCGGCUUGGGCCAUCUGCUCAUAAUCAUGCAGUGUUUCAUCUCCGCUUUGGCCAACAUCUAUAAUGAAAAGAUUCUGAAGGAAGGGGACCAUGAAAGUAUCUUUGUGCAGAACAGCAAACUCUACAUUUUUGGAGUGCUUUUCAAUGGGUUGAUGCUGGGUCUGCGCUCUGAGAACCGCUGGCAGAUAGAGUACUGUGGCUUCUUUUAUGGCCACAACGUGUUCUCUGUUGCACUUAUUUUUGUGACUGCCUUCCUAGGGCUGUCUGUGGCCUUCAUCCUGAAAUUCCGAGAUAACAUGUUCCAUGUCCUGACUGCUCAGGUCACCACUGUAAUCAUCACCAUUGUGUCCAUCAUCAUCUUUGAUUUCAAGCCUUCUCUGGACUUCUUCUUGGAAGCACCUGUGGUGCUUCUCUCCAUAUUUAUCUACCAUGCCAGCAAACCUCAAGACCUGGAAUAUGCCACUCAGCAGGAGAGGAACAAAUUCGUUGGUGAGAUCUGGGAGCGAUCCAGUGGGGAUGGAGAGGAGCUUGAGAGACUAACCAAAGCAAACAGUGAUGUUGAUACAGAUGAAGAUGCCUUCUAGCAUCAGCUUGUGCAAUUGGGUGCUGGAUAUUCUCCAGGAGAGCAGUGCUUGGUAUCUUUUUAAAAUCUAGGGUAGUCCCUUUUUUACUGGUGCAACAGUUAAGACUGUUUGGAGGGUUUUUGUGAUUUCAGAGGAUUUGUAUUGUAUUUUUUAAGUUGUACAAAUACAACACAACUCCAAAAUCAGCAUAGGUUUGUCCAGGUUUGGGGGUGGGAUGUCAGAUGAGGAAAAAAAUGAGUAAAGCCCCUUGGUUAGAAGAACUAGAGAAUUAUAAUUUUGAGACUAUAUGUAAAGUUUUUUUCUCUUCUCACACUAGUAUAAAUCAAAAGUUAAUUCCAGUGCAGUUAAUGAUAAACCAGUAAUCAGAGUGUUAUAAGUGGAGAAUUCAGCCCUGACUUAAUGAUCUGGGUCACAUGGGUACUAUAUUAUGUAUAAUAAUCUAGUAAACUUGGUGUCCUCAGUUGUACAUGUUUGUCUGCCAUGGACUAGGGUUGUACUUGCCUCACUGGUUGAGGGCCUGAUCCUGUAAUCCUCACAUCAGUGGUCAGUUGAGAGUUGUCCUAACAUAAGUGCUUUAAAGAUAUGAGGCACGAUAUAAGUGCAAGGUAUUCUUAUUUCCAUGGUUCAUUGGUAUCAUACAUGCUUCUGUCAUUAGUUUCCACAGCUGCAAAAUAAGUUUCCUCUCUACUGCAAUGAUUUGUAGGAAUGGCUGGUCUUGUAUGUUCUGAGAAACAUUAUGCCACAUUAUAAAUACUUUCUGUUUGUUUGGUAAGGUGGUGAUUAUUGCACAGUGGCAGAGCAGUUUUCCUGAUAUUCAGAAAUAGAAGCUAUUUGUGAAGUAAUUUCAUUCUUACUCUACAUAAAAAUUCAGUUUUCCCAUCAUAAGAAAUCAAGGAUUUUCAUUCUAUUUAACUAAAAAAACUAGUUACUUUAUGUCCAAAUUCACUGUAAGUGCAUUUCAUCGUAUUUGUAAAGACAGACUUUUAAAUGUUAAAAAUAAACUUGGCCCAAAAUUUUGAUUUUUUGUAAAAACAAGCAUUAAAAAUAAUCUCUAAGAGAUAUUUGUGUAGCCUUUAAAAAAUACAGCUGAAUAGGUUCUGUUUAGACCAACAUUUUUCUACAGUGUUUGCUGCCUAGUUGAUAUGGACUUAUGUUAGAGCAGGGCUACUCAACAAGUGGCCGGGGGCUGCAUGUGGCCCGCGGCCCGUUUGUUUGCGGCUCGUUGGUAGGAGUUGAAACAAAAAAAAUAG